AGCGUAAAAUUUCUUAUCGUUAUCUGUUGGAGCAAAAAAAAAAUAAAAAAAUGAAUCAACCAGAUUGUCUGUUUAAACUGGCCAGGUCCAUUGACAAUGAAAGGGGGAUGUGACGUUAUCCUGGCAACCCUGACGACGAGGUUCAACCAGCAGUAUCGCCGCCGAAGUCUCGUCCAUACAAACUCCAGCGUGUUCAACUGUGAUCGAACCAGAGAUUACGACCAGCCAUGACUGAUGAGGGAAACGUUGUCAGAAUCCGGGGCCUCCCAUGGUCCUGUUCGGUGGAUGAAGUGCAAAGGUUUUUUUCAGAUUGCAAAAUACUCAACAACGGCAGUGGCAUCCACUUCACGUACACGCGAGAGGGGCGGCCCAGCGGAGAGGCGUUUGUGGAACUGGAGACAGAAGAAGACCUGAAAAUCGCAGUGAAGAAAGACAGAGAAACCAUGGGUCACAGAUACGUGGAGGUGUUUAAAUCGAACAACGUUGAGAUGGACUGGGUCAUGAAGCACACCGGUCCCAACUGUCCGGAGACGGCAGGAGACGGUCUGGUCAGACUAAGAGGCCUCCCCUUUGGCUGCAGCAAAGAGGAGAUCGUCCAGUUUUUCUCAGGGUUGGAAAUCGUGCCAAAUGGGAUAACAUUGCCGGUGGACAUCCAGGGGAGGAGUACGGGGGAGGCCUUCGUGCAGUUUGCUUCACAGGAUAUAGCUGAAAAGGCUCUAAAGAAACACAAGGAAAGAAUAGGGCACAGGUACAUUGAGAUCUUCAAAAGUAGUCGCGCCGAGGUGCGCACUCAUUACGAGCCCCAGCGCAAGCCCAUGGGCAUGCAGAGGCCGGGCCCCUACGACCGGCCCUCCGGCGGCCGGGGCUACAACAUGAUGAGCCGAGGAGGGUCUUACGACCGGGUGCGGCGCGGAGGCUACGGAGGAGGGCCUUUCGACUGCGACUCCUUUUCAGGCGUGUCUGACGGGCGCUACAACGACGGCGGCUCGUCCUUCCAGAGCACAACAGGCCACUGCGUGCACAUGCGGGGCCUGCCGUACCGAGCCACCGAGACCGACAUCUACAACUUCUUCUCACCGCUCAAUCCCGUGCGUGUGCACAUCGAGAUCGGCCCUGACGGCAGAGUGACCGGCGAGGCAGACGUGGAAUUCGCCACCCACGAGGAUGCUGUGGCUGCCAUGUCCAAAGACAAGGCCAACAUGCAGCACCGCUACGUGGAGUUGUUUCUGAACUCGACUGCAGGGGGCAGCAACGGAGGCUACGGAGGUCAGAUGAUGGGUGGCAUGGGAAACCAGUCGUCGUACAACAGCGGCCAGAUGAACUCCGGCUACUCCAGCGGCUACAACAACCAAGGCAACAUGGGCGGCUACAACGACUACAGUAACCAGGGCGGGAUGGGCAGCAGUUACUACGGUGGCGGCGGCGGAGGAGGAAGCAGGAGCUCUAUGAAUGGCCUUGGAGGCGGAUGGGGAAUGUAAUUUUUUUUGUUGUUGCUCAAAGUGUUGCUUUUUUUUAUAUGAAAAAAAAAUCAGUAUGUGCUGCAAAUACUGGAAGUGCAAGUCUCACCUGGUAAACAGGGUGAGGUUGUUGUGAAUAAGUUGAAGGGUUGGGUUUGUAAUUUUUCUAAGGAGGAUGGUCCUGGAAGGGUGUCCGAGAAGCAGUGUCGUUUUCUUCAUUCCUCACUUCUGUUAGCGUUCUCUAGAAAGACACCAGCGUUGUCCUGUUCUUUCAUCCUGUUGCUGAUCUUUUCAUGUUGGAGUGCAUGAACAAAGUGUCUGAAUUUGUGACGUUUGGACUCGGCUUCCUCUUCUGCAUAGCACCUAGUACUUCUUUUUUUAAUUUCCACCCAAGAACUCAUAAAAAGAAGAGUCGUUCUGUUAAUCCAUUCAGUCAUACAUUUUCUUUUUUCCACGGCUAACUCAGUUUCCAAUAUGCUGUUGUGAAAGUUUCUACUGCUUCAAACGAUGUUUGUACUUCCUGUGCACAAGUAAAUAAAACUAUUUGGAAUAACCAA